UUACCGCACUAGGAAGUGACGCUUUCCCCGAGUCCCGGAGAGAAAGAAACAAAGUUUGGGUUUUUUUUUUUUCCUUCCUCCUCCUUCUUCGCCCCUGGCUUUGCAAGUUGCAGCUCCGCGUCCCCCCCGGCCGCCCGCCGCGCCUCUCUCCGCAGGACCUGUAACUAAGUGGACCCUAUUGACCUCUGAACCACACAGAAUAAGUGUGAAAAGAAGCAGAAGUGCACAAAGAAAAAGGAAGUUGAUACACUUUCAUUGGGACUUCUUUCCUGCCCAUAAUUAUUAGAACUGAAUGGAAAAGAGAGACUUCUGUGCCUUUCCUCCCCCAGCCUCAGGGAUGGGUGGACUGUAAAUACAGAGUGUGCAGUUGGGAGAAUAGACUGAACCAUGAAUCUUCAGGCUCAGCAGAAGUCUUCAAGCAAGAGGACUGGGAAACGAAUUACCUAUUUCAAUGAGCAGGAAGUAGCUGUGUCAUCAAAAGAACCACAGCAGCAGCUUAAGGAAGGGCAGUACUUUGGUCAUGGAGGGAAUAUACCGGUCUCCCAGACUAUGGAGAUUCCUCAUGCAGGAGGAUUAACAAGUGCUCCCAACAAUGUUGCUUUGAUGAACUCUGUUUACAAUCAAGACAGGGGAGAAACAAUGAUGAUGUCCCAGGCAGUAACAGCUGUCAAAUGGCAGAAUUCACUAAUGGGCAACCGCUUGCCAGAGAGGGGUGACAGCCACUGGCAGACUCCACCUUCAAUGUGGAACCAUGGUAUGGUUUUUGGGGGCAACACAAAAGGACCUCACUCCAAUGCUGGUGCCCCGGGCUUCUAUGGCCACGCAGAAGCCCUUAAAAGAAAUCAAGAGAAGGGAGUGUUUGUGUCACAGCUGGACUUGUAUGGAGAUGCUGUCCAGCAGAUGAUGUCCCAGAAGGCCCAGCUGGAGCAGCAAGCCCUGGUUAGACAGCAAGCUCAAAUGAAUUCUUUCCACCAGAUGCAGAAACAGCAGCAGCAGAAUCAAAGUCUGCCAUUACAGCCUUUCCAACUUGCAUUUGGUCACCAAGGCCAAAAGCAGGGUCUUCCUGAGUUGUUACAUGUCUUUCAAGAAGCCCCAGUUUCUUCCAGUCCUGCAUUUACUGCUCAACAAAAACAGCAAGCUCUUCCCCAGCUACAACUGUUUGAAAAUUUCUAUCCUCAGCAGCAGCAGCAGCAGGCUGCCACACAAGCCUUCAGUCUGCAACAAGCUACUUCCAUAGCACAGCCUCAUGUGGCAGCUGCAGCACCUCAGCAUCACAUGAUGGCACACCAGUUUCAGCAAACAGAGAGGAACCAGGAACUUUUCAAGGCUCUAACAGAGCAGAACCAACAGACUGUGCUACCUCAAACCCAGAUUCCCUUUCCAAGAAGAUCACGGAGACUCUCCAAAGAAGGCGUCUUGCUGACACCUGCAGGAGAAGUGUUGGCUUCCAAGCAGGCAGAAGAACAACCUAGCAAUUUAUUUCUGCAUCACUGGCAAACACAUCAGCAAGAGGUCCCAUUACAGCAGCCGGCUGAAUCACUGGCCCACACCAAAAGUAGCUACUCACACCCCAGGAGAAUGGAUCUGGGGCAGAAGGAUGCCAUGGUCAAUAGUGAGCUGUGCCAGGUGGAAACAGACAGGCAAGCCACAGCCCAGAAUGGCAGAGAUGGAGAGAAACAGGCAGCAGCAGCUGAAGAAAACACUCAGAGAACUAAUGAUUUUCAAUGUGUCAGAGGUGGUGUAAUCCAGAGUACACGACGGAGACGGCGUGUUUCUCAAGAAGCCAAUUUGCUGACUUUGGCCCAAAAAGCAGCUGAGCUGGCUUCUCUUCAGAAUGUAAAGGAACUGGAUACUUCAGAAGAGAAGAGUGUGCUUGUAACGGCUCCAGGACCUACAGCUGCAAAAGGUGUCGUGGAAUUUGCCGGUUCUUCACCAGCUCCCAAAAGAGCCCGAGAGGACAGCAGCCUCGUGCCUCUUAUCAUUCCCGUGUCUGUGCCGGUGAGAAAAAUUGAUUUGCAAAGUCUGGAAAAGGAGAAGUGUGAGGAUGGAAAGCUCCAGAGAGGCCAGACGAAUGAUCGGUCUCCUUGUGAACGCAAACCUUCUGUGAUAGUCACUCGGAGGCGGUCGAACCGCAGUACUAACAUGGAAGCCUCUGGGCAGCAUGAAGAAGCUGUUCCAAAGGAUGAAGCAGAGGGCUUUCCCCGGAAACCAAAGCAGCGGCCAAGACCUGAGCCACUCUUCAUACCACCAAAAGCUGGCACAUUUAUUGCACCACCUGUUUAUUCUAACAUUACUCCUUAUCAGAGCCACUUACGGUCACCUGUCCGUCUGGCAGAUCAUCCUUCAGAUAGGAACUUUGAGCUACCUCCUUACACUCCUCCACCAAUUCUAAGUCCAGUGAGAGAAGGAUCUGGGCUGUAUUUUAAUGCCAUCCUCUCUUCAGGUGGUCAUUCAGUUCCACCUCCAAUGACUCCUAAAAGUGCUCACAGAACUCUUCUUAGAUCAAAUAGUUCAGAAGUUACCCCUCCUGUUCUGACAGUCGUGGGGGAAGCCACCCCAGUCAGCAUUGAACCGCGAAUAAAUGUCGGAACUCGCUUUCAAGCAGAAAUCCCAACACUCCAAGACAGAUCCCUGGCAGCAGCUGAUGAACAUAAAGCAGAGCUGGUGUGGCAGCCGUGGGACGACCUGGAAACCAACAAAGUCACUCAAGAGCACGUGGAAAACCUGCUAGCUGCUGCCUGCUCAAGCAUUUUUCCAGGGGCUGGAACCAACCAGGAGCUGGCGCUGCAUUUCCUACAUGAAGCAAAGGGAAGCAUUCUGGGAGCUUUGACCAAGCUGCUGUUGAAGAGGCCAGUACGAUCACCUACCCACCCUUUGGCAGAUUAUCACUACACAGGAUCAGACAAGUGGAAGGUUGCUGAAAAAAAACUUUUCAACAAAGGCAUUGCAAUCUACAAGAAAGACUUUUUCUUGGUCCAAAAGCUUAUAAAAACCAAAACAGUGGCUCAGUGUGUGGAAUUCUACUACACAUACAAGAAACAGGUGAAAAUUGGUCGGAAUGGGACCUUAAUAUUUGGGGACAUUGAUGUUGCUAAUGAGAAAUCUAUGAAAGAUGAAGCUGAAGUUGACAUCAAGAGUUCCCAUAGGUUUGCACGUGUUCUUCCUCCCAGAAGGGACAUUUACAGUGAAGAACAAGGGCAUGAGGAGGAGGAGGAAGAGGAGGAGGAAGAGGAGGAAGAAGAAGAGUGGAAUAACAGAAGGAAGAGCACAUUUUCUUUCAAAGAUGAACAGACACUACAAGAUGGUGCCAAUGAUGCCAAUGUGAGGAGUCAAGAGGCAGCUGCUACAGGCAGAGCUGGAAGGAAGCCAAGGGAGACAGCAGUGAAGCCUCGAAAACCUGUUGCUGCUCCAGUGCAGAGGAGGAGGCGGAAACAGAAGAUAAAGUCAGAUGCUACCAGUAAAACUCAGAAUGCAGAAAACACAUUUCCAUGUAAAAAGUGUGGCAGGGUGUUCUACAAGGUGAAGAGCCGCAGUGCUCACAUGAAGAGCCACGCAGAGCAGGAGAAGAAAGCGGCAGCGCUGCAGCAGCAGGAGCGGGAGGCGGCAGCGGCAGCAGCAGCCGCUCACAGCCAGGCCCGGCGGGAGGAGAGCAGCGAGAGCGGGAGCAGCAGCAGCGGGAGCAGCAGUGCGAGCUCGGAUGAAGACGGAGAAAUAUAGCAGCAGACCAGAAGCGGAGGGAGUAGAAAGGCUGGACCCAACCUCCCUCUUGGUGUUCUCACCUUUUUUGCUUGCACUUUGCUCACCUGAACCAUCAGGUGUCCGUUUCAGUGCUGCCGUUUCCUCGUGCCACGUGUUCUGCUUCACAUUGCCAGUACUGACCAAGCCAGAAUGAUGGAUGAAAAGAUUUGUUUCAACUUGUUUUGUUUGGUUUUUUAACAAGUAAGAUUUCUAAUCUAUUUGUAGUGAUACCUGAGGUACAUAAUAGAACAGUGUCACCUGCAAUGGAAGUAAGUUCUCUCUCAGGUCAGUCGGACUUUUUUUGUGUGUGUGUGUGAUUGCCAAGAAUCAUGGUAGCAGGACUCUUGGAUAUAAAGGUUUCAGACUGGAGCAAGAAAAUGAUGCUUUUCUCUGAGCUGACUGUAUCCAGUUACUGUGACACUGGUGAUUUCUGGAUGUUUCCUUUCUCAGCAAGUUCUCUUUCCUGUUACACUUUCCUGCGUUUCUUCCUGAGCAUUUAUUCAGCCAACAAGUUUUGUGGAAAGAUAGUGUGCACUUUGGCCUCUGCUUCACAAAAAUGAAAAGCGGGAUGAGCAAGACACUUCUUCCUUUUGAGAGGAAGUUUUGUUUUUCAAAAGGAAGCCUGAGGUGGCUUCUUUUAUGCCAUUGAGAAUGCAGCAAUGAAUAUAAAAUUUCCUGUGGGAUUAGAGUAGCCUCGUGGGUUUUUUCAUCUUGGAAAACAAAGUAUUCUGCCUUUGAUUAACUGAAUGGAAAGUAGUCUGGGCUUCACAAGUGCAAUUUGAAAUGAAAAGUGCUGGUUUUCACUUUGCAUAAGUGGGUGCAAGUUCGUCUAGUGGAAAUGAACCAAGACCUCAUGUGCUGGAUUGUGUGCACCUCAAAGAUGGGAGGAAUGGACUCUCAUCUUUUGCAGCCUCCCUAAAACCUAAAAACUUCUAUGAAUGGCUUUUACCUCUCAGUACAUCCUUUUAUUUCUUGUGGCAGCCCUCAUUUAUUCCUUGAAAUUGCCAUCAUCAAGAGCUUGUACAAUGAGGCCCUAAUUUCCUAAAUACUUCCUGUCAGGUGGUAUGUACAUGCAGGAGGAGCUUGUCAUCUGCCUGCUGGGUUGUCUUGCAGUGAGCCUUGCUUUUUGCAAAAAGGCUGAUUCUUCCUCUGAACUGACACAUGCUAAUAGUCCAAAAAGUCUAGCCACCAAAAGCCUGCUGGUGAAAGAGAGUUAAGAUGAUGUGAAGUGGUGCAGGUGACAUAGAUUUGCACAGAAUUGUUCUCUACAUCUUUGUAGCCCGCAUUUCUUAUUAUUUCAUCAAAAUGAAAAUAAUCAGAUCACUUCCUUGUGUUUCAGGGCUGGUCAGUCCCAGCCCACACCCUGCUGCCCAGCUCCCUCCCUCCCAGCCAGUGUUGGAAGCAGCUUCCUGGGUCCUGGCACGGCGUCGGUGGUGCGGUACCAAAGGAGACAAUUGCUCUUGCAUUCCCAAGCAGGGAUCCAAAGGGGGUUGCUGUACAUGAACGACAGAGUGUUCCUGACUGGCUGAUUUUUUAAUUAUAAUUUUUUUUUUUAAAUCUCGACCCGUCAAGCUGCUAGAUAAAUUCCAAGUUAACUAUGGAAAGGGUCUGUAAUGCCAGCAUGCCAUCUGGGAAUCUUUUCCUGCCCCAUGGUUUUAUGCAGCCAUGGUUGCUUCACUCUCCAAGUCUGGGAGGCUAUGUAUUGUACCACAUUUGCUUUGACAUAUAUAUGCCUUUGGAUAGAAUCCUUUAUCUUAACAGCAAAAACAGUUACUGCUCUUAGAGAGUAAGUAGGAGUACCAUUAAGGACUGCACUUUUUUCCAACGUCGACACUUUUGCCUUUAAGUGUAGAAUUUUCUGCCAAGGUUGUAUUUUUCAUUCCUGACAAAAAUAGGUUUCCUUUCAGCAUUUGGAUGACUUUUUCAUGUCCCUACAUGCACGGGUCUUGUUCACUAACUAUGCUGUGGAAGCAGAUGGCAUGUCACAAACUGUUAAAAUCAUUCAAAAACUGCAAAGAACGAAAAGCUACUAAUCCUUAAAAAGAAGCUUAAGUAAAUGUCUUCCUGUGAAGACUUUCAAUGUUGAUUGUUACCAUUUUACUUUUGUAAAUUGGAGAAAAUGCUUGUCUACCAUUAUCCUAGGGCCCUUAGAGAGAGCAGAAGCUUUAGCACACUGUGCCAGGACAGCCAGUAGGUGAAGCAGCUGGACCUUGUGAUCCACUUGUAGUACUGGGAUUAAUUCCAAUAAAAAGUAAUGAUACAAUUAAACUUACAGGUUCUGAGGUGCGUUUCUGAGAAGACACCAGUAGUUUCCAGAUCACGAUAACUGCAGAACAGGACAACAGUUCAGAAACAAGCUGGGCCUGUGAUUAUGUCUAAAAAGGAUUUAAAGUAAUAUAUUGUUAUGCUGUUGUAAUUAAUGUAUUUGCCCGGAGUACCAGUGUCACAGCAGCUGAACUGUGUAUGGUUACUUAGCAGAGACUGGGAAGGCCUAGAAACACAUAACAAAGAAAUUGAGAUAGAGGUGGAACUGGCACACACUGAAAAAUAUGGGAAAAUAUUAUGAAUUAUUCUUUUUUAGAUUGGAGAGGAGAUCUGGCUAAACUUGAGAAUGAAAAUAAGGUUAAUCAGACUGUCUUAGGAAAAUGUUUGCACUGUCCUUGUUAAAACUGUGCAAAAUCAAUCAGUAUGUAAUCCUUUAGGAAAAAAAAAAAGAAGAAACUGUUCACACUGGGAUGAACCAAAGCUCCAUUUAGCUCCAGGUCUUGUUUCUGAGAUUGAUCAGGAGCAGAUGCUUAUGAAAAAGUGAGAGACAGCUCAGACCAGCAGCUAUAGUUCCACCUAAAAAAAUAGGAUACUAAAUUAGAACUUACAUGUGUUCUCCAGUAAGGCAAAUCUGCAGAGAGGUUUGUAUGGAAAUGUACUGUUCUUAUGGGCAAAAGAUCAGGACAUUUCUCUGCUCUAUGUACUGCCUGCACGUACUCCAGCAGUUUUAGUGUCUGGAAGUAUUCCUGCGUGGUAACAAGAGAGAGUUUAGUCAUGGCCCUCAGGAGUUUUCAAGCUUGAAGUAGUUUUACAUACAGCAUAGCAAAUUAUGGUGACAAACAGCUGAUGAGAUGAAGUGAAGUAGGGAGCAUAUAAUGGGAUUGCUUUAAGUACUAAUUUAAUAUUUAGAUAUGAUGAUGCUUGAAUGGAAGCAUUAUUAUAGUCUUACAAAGACUAGAUUUUUCACUAUUUUAGGAAAGUGAGAAAAGUCUAAUUUUUCCUCUUAUCAAGGAUAAGCCAUUCAGGUGCUGGUAAGAACAAAUCAGAGAUUUCCUUAAUUGCCCCAAAAUGGUGUGUGUAUCACACACUGAAUCCUGUACACCCUGGCUGCAGCAGAAGUAGAACAAUAAGCUUUGACACAGUGAGGUCUGUUGCUGGAAGAAAAUCAGAAAAGGGCUUUUACUGAGGAUAACCUCUAACAGCUGUGGGUUAGCAUGGCUGACAACAUCAGAAAAAUGUUGCAAGUGGCAUCAAAUGGAAAUGUUUCUGAGCAUGUUUGCAUAUUAUUAGUAGCCACCAGAAGACCUCUUUUCUGCCAUGGUAAUAAUAAAAACGCUUCUCUGAGUUUCUUGUUUAAAAACCAAUGAGUGAAACCAAACCUGCUGCCCACUCACUUACAGCAGCAGUUUGGAAUUGAUCCUAUAUCUGAAUUAGAUCUUGCUUACUAGCAAACGUUGCCAGAGAAGUGUUUUAAUAAAACAAAUCAACCAGCCCCCCAGUUGCUGUGGACAAAGCAUUUGAAUUUAAUUUGUCUAAUCUGGACUGAAUUCUGUUACUCUUAUUAGCAGGCAGAAAAAUUAAGUGACUCUUUACGGCAGCACAGUGUUAAUUUAAGGCUGUGUUGCUCCAUUUGUGAAUUUAAAAAAAACAACUGCUCUUCUCUAUGUUCUGUUGAUUUGUCUGCUUAAAAAUCCUGUGCUUAUUAUUUCCAUCAUUUAAAGGCCUAUUUGGUGAUCCCCAUUUAGCAUAAGGGUUUGCUGUUAAUGUAGAAAAAAUGCACUAUACGCUCAGUCACUGACUGAGUCUGAACCAGAACAGAGACAUGUUCUGUAAAUGUGUGCUAAUAUAUUUGCCUGUUAUGGUGUAAGAUGAGGCUUUGGGUGGUCAUGCAGCCAGCAGUCGGGUACCUGUACUUCAGAACCUUUGCCUCUCUGAGUUUUGAUGCCAGUGUGGGUGUUUCGGAGAUGCAGCGAUAGGUGACGUCUUGUCUUGGUGACGUGCUUCUGGCUCUCCCUCUGCUAUCUGCCCUUUGCAGCUAGAUUCAGUCUUUCCAGUUGGUGAUCUGCACGGGACAGCAUCUCCGUGUUGUAGGACUAUGUGUGUAUAUAGUUACCAGAACUAUGCAUGCACUUGUGAAUGCCUCUGAUACGGCUGCAGGUGUUUUGCAGUCUAGCUGCAAGAACAGCAGCUCUGCAUUUCAGUUCCUUUGAUGUUUUUCCAUUUCCUGAUACAGGUAGAGGUAUCUGAGAGAACUCUGCUCUGUAAGGUGAAAGCCUAUAGAAUGUCAAUCAGCUGUGCAGAAUCUUGGCAUUUUGCUUGCUAGCACCAGACAGGAAUGUAGCUCCUUAAAGGCAGGGCAAAGAUAGACGUUCUAAAUCUUAAAGGUAACUCAUAUAUUAAUCCCACACUAGAGAUGUAAUGUGAAGUCCAAAUUAGCUAAAAAUACCCUCUGGUUUAUCAACCUUAGGCUUUUGGUCAUGUUUAUAUUUGCAACAAGCUCAGAUUAAAAUCAACAUUCAAAAAAAGUUUCCUAAACCAAAGAGUGAGCUUUCUCACUCUCAGCAAUUACACACUUCUUAAUUCUCUUUCAGGCAACGGACUAGGAAGUCCCUAUAUAGACAUAUCCUAGUUGAAAAGAAAUGGGAGUAGGGAAGACUGUAGCCAUAGAAGUCUUGUCUGCUUUCAUACACUGGCACUUUUAGUCCAAUGAUUACCUCUGUCAGAAACCUUCUUCUAAACCACAUUUUCCCACACAGACUUUCUCCCUCUUUUAUUCUCUGAUGUAUGUCUGAAAGUUUAUAAAGCUUUAAAGAGACAGAGAAGCAGUGUCUACAAAUCGUGUUUGAUUUCUGUGGGGGUGAGUUUCUAUGUAUAUUCAUCAUGUGGGUUCAGCUGCUUUACUCACCCUUGUUCUCUCCAGUGUCAAAUUUUAGAAGACACAGACUUUGAACCCCCAGCUGUCUGAGGACUUUUGUUUCCAAGACUAGGAUUCCACUGACAGCUGAGCCUGAAAAAAACUAUUAACUUCUCCAGAUUAGAAGACAACAUAUAUUUUUAUAGAAAUCUAAUUGUAUAUUUAAAAAAAAAAGUUUCCUGCAGCUUCUCCACAUGUAUUUUCCCCCUUGUAGUUCAGAUUUGAUAUAAACUUUUUUGUGUUUAAUUUUUUUUUUUUUCUGUUUUAAAAUUUGUAGUCAAAGCUUUGGUGUACUGUACAGGAUCAGUCAGCCUUUGUAAUUACUGUAUAAUUGCUUUAUAAUAAAGUAUAUUACUUUUAUUUUAACAAGAGAGCAGACACUUCCUUUUGUGUGUUUGCUGCCUAGGGCACCUUUUCAAAGACUGUUACAUGUUUAAAAAUGUAUAUAUAUAAAUAUAUUUACUUGUUGUUGUACAGUUGUGAUAGACUGGACUGAAUUUAUUUUUUGUGUGCUUUUUUAUAAAAUAUUAAUACACUAAAGGAAAUCUUGUUGAUGUGAUUGUAAUGUACUCUGUAACUUAUUUACUUAAUAUCCUCUAUACAUCUACAACCCCUUUUAUUAAAUGAGGUUUAAAAAAUA